AUGCAAAGGGAAGAGAAACAGUUGGAAAAUGCAUUAGACGCCAUAAUGCAAAGAAUAUCUGAUUUGAAAUCUUCAUUGGCAGCUAUGAUUUUUAAAAUAGAAAACGAAUACGAAACAAUUAAUUGGCCAACAUUUUUGGAUAAUUUUGCUCUGCUUUCUGGACAUUUAACUACAUUGUCUAAAAUGUUGGGUGCGGAUAAGACGCCACCUCUUAGAAAUUUAACUGUUUUGCCUCUAAUGUUAUCUCCUGAAAGAGAUGAGGAAUUAUUAAGAUUGACAGAAAAUAGAGUACCUGCUUUCACUCAUGACUUAGUUCCAGAUUAUUUGAGAACCAAACCAGAUCCUGAAGUUGAACAAAAAAUGAUUCAACUAGAACUUAAGGCUGCAAAUCUCAGCAAUGAAACAGCUCAGAAACAAGUUGCAGCUUAUAGUAAGGUUGUUAAUCACAUAUAUGAAAUAGUUUCCAAAGCCAGAGAAGAAUGGGAAACUGAAACUUCAUCGAGAGCAGGGCAAACUCAAACAUCGAGCAUGGCUGACACGCAUGCAUUAGUAGCAGCUGUAGGAAUGGGAAAAGGAUUAAAAGCAAUGCCUGGAGCUCCACCAGGCAUGAUGGUAGCACCUGUAGGACCUGGAAGACCUCCAGGACCUUCUCAGCAAGCUCAACAAAUGGGCCCAAUCGGUGGAAAAGCUCCUAGUACUAUUAAAACUAAUAUUAAAUCGGGAGGUUCAAUGCAUCCUUACAGUCGCUGA